GCAUUAACAGACAUGAUACUUAUGUUCUACCAAGGUACCUCCUCACUCCACAACAACGCCCACAUAAUGUAAACGACAUAAUGCCAAUGAUUGGUGCGAGGUUCUACACCCAGCUUGAUGCUGCGUUGUUGAGAUGCGACGUUAUUGAGAAUGAAAUGGCCAAGGAGGUGGAAAACGGUCGUUUGUUCCGGAUGUUGUCGAAGCUCGGCGUGAUCAACGAGCGACCGGAGUUUGGGAUGGAGGCGACUUGGUCAGAGACGGGGGAUCGCUAUCUUCUUAAACUCUUCCGUGAUCAUCUUUUCCAUCAAGUCACAGAGACGGGGGCUCCAUGGGUUGAUAUGGCGCAUAUUGUGCAGUGUUUGAAUAAGCUUGACGCUGGAGUUCCAGAGAAACUUUGCCUCAUGUCCCGUGACGAGCAGAACGUGCUCGUUGUCUCGUACGCAGAGCUCAAAAAAGCUUUCGAAAAAUGUUUUCAGGAACUUACAAACGCCAGCGUUGCGUAGCCUCUCGUGCCUUGACUUGGGCAUGUACCUUAAUGGUUAAGGUGGCUGUGAUGUUACUAGGUCUGUAAGGUUUUAAUACAGGGCUAGCUCCCCCCGAGUUUGGUAUAAAAGAGAAUUGUUUUACCUUUUUACAUUUCAUUAUAAUACCAGGAAAGUGGGAAGUAUUGUUGGAUAAUUUAAUUAGUUUUAACUUUUGAAUGAAAUGCUAGGAUGGUACACACUACUGCCAACUGCUGUCAAACUGCCAACACAAUGUACAAGCAGUGGAAAAUUGCAGGGAAUUAAUAUGCACCUUUAACUGAUUGUAUUUUUUUACAAAACGAUUCCCAUUCUGUGCAAUACACAUGCUUGCUGAAAAGAAAAAUAUAUAAAAUCGGUUGAAUCAUGAUAAAAAUAUCCAAAGUUAAACUUGUUGUGCAGAAUUUCAAAACAUUCAAAAUAUUUCUUACUGUUCUUGUAUUGAAACUUUUUUUUGUUGGACUUGAACUUCUGGGAUGUUUUUAUACCAUGUUUGUUUCAUGACAUUUGUGUUUCGCUGGUGUCGACUACUAUUGCGACUAUUGGUUUGCAAUAUGUAAUAAAAUAAAGUUGUGUAAAAAUAGA